CUGGUGGGUCGCAGUUUACUGAUCGUGCCCGCGCACAAUUCGACGACCGAGAGACGAGCAGACACACGCACGGCUGCCACUUAAUUCUGCACGCGAAUUCGGCUUCGGAUUCGGCGACAUUUGCCCUCGACAGCCGUACCAACAGGUCAUGUUGUGAAUGGAAAACAAGUGCAAGAUGAACGGCAGACUGAAGGACAGUCUGCCAUGCAUCCCCUCCGAGCUGCUGCUCAACCCCUUUGUGCACCACCUCGAAUUAACGUCUACUCUGGACAAAAUCAAGACCGCGUUUCUGACGGUGACCUUCCUGCCCUUGCGGGUGGUGUGCAUCGCCCUCUUGCUAGCACUGGCCUGGGUGUUGGCCUGCGUCGGCUUGGUUGGACUCGACGAAAAUGACGUCCGAUGCAAACCCCUGACGGGUUGGCGCAGGUCGUUGAGAGCGGUGAUCAGUAAAUUGGUGCGCCUGCUUAUGGUGUUCGGUAGUUUCAACCGGGUGCAGGUCAAAGGACGCCAGGCGACGCAGAGGGAGGCGCCCAUGCUUGUGCUGGCGCCUCACUCGUCCUUUUUUGACGCGCUGCCCGUUGUCGUCCUCGGUUCGCCGAGCGUCGUCGCCAAAGCCGAGACCGCCGAUAUUCCCUUCUUUGGCAAGUUGAUCAACUACACGCAGCCAGUCUAUGUGUGGAGGGAUGACCCAAAGUCGAGGCAGAAAACCAUCAAGGAGAUCGUGAGCCGAGCUACCUCGAAACUGGAAUGGCCACAAAUUUUGAUUUUUCCCGAGGGCACCUGUACCAACCGAAAGGCACUGAUUACCUUCAAGCUCGGCGCUUUCUACCCUGGGGUGCCUGUCCAGCCAGUCUGCAUUAGAUACCCUAAUGAGCUGGACACUGUUACUUGGACGUGGGAAGGGCCUGGAGCCCUGAAGCUUCUUUGGCUCACCCUGACGAGGUUCAACAGCACCUGCGAAAUUGAAUUCCUGCCUGUUUACAAUCCAAGUGAGGCAGAGAAACAAAACCCAAAACUCUACGCCAACAAUGUGCGAAACGUUAUGGCAAAGGCUCUUGGCAUUCCUGUGUCUGACUACAACUACUCAGACACACUCCUUAUCAAAAAGGCUGUGGAGCUCAAUCUCCCGUCUGCCUCGGAUCUCGUCAAAGUGCAGAAACUGAGAAGUAAAAUUGGACUUGACACUGUGGAUAUUGAGGUACAGAAGGCAUCACAACUCCUCAAAAAAGAUCUGUGCUCCGUUGUGGAGUUUGCAAAAAUUCUUGGUGUUGGCGUCAAUGAUGUUUCAAUGCAAGAACUUUUCCAACUUUAUAUUAAAAAUGGUGAGAAGAUAAUAGACAUUAGGGAGUACUUGCUCGACAUUAUAGUGAUUCAUAUGAAGAGCAAGACGGUGAAUAUGGCAAGACUGGCUUUUGAGGCUGCAAGUUGCGACCAAAGCAAUAUGAGCAGGAGUGAAGCUGUUCACGCACUUAAAAUUGCAUUCAAUAUGUCUGAAGAACGAACCGAGAGGAUUUUUUCAAAAUUCGAGUCAACCUCAUCAAAAUUCAAUUACGAGUCAUUUAGAGAGUACGCCCUUGGCAAGGAAGAUCUGGCAUGGAUUUUUGCUGGACCAAAAAAGGAUUGUUGAACAACUGUACCGUUUGAUCUGUGCCAAAGAGACCACGGAAAAAAAUAUUUAUGGCUAACAAUAUUUUUGAGAAUUUACACACUCAUCAGUAUUUUGCUCUUUACUCUAGUAGCGGAAUCGAAUUCUUUGAGAAUAAAGUCGGCAGGAACGGUCAAUUUUCUGCCUUGUGUAUGUAAAUCAUUCCUGGAGAUAGGUUAUGUACUUGUAGAUAGUGAUGACUAUAUUUAUUUUUGUGCAAUGCUGUACACUUUGUUUUCCAUGUUUAAAUACUAUUAAAUCUCUUUUAAGGACCACCUCAGAUGGAAAAUAUCUAUAAA